AUGGAGAAGAGAGUGUCUGCUGAUCCGCCGGGAUACGCCGAGCCUGUCUUGCACCAUGACGAACAACAGGGUCGCCGGGGGUCUACCGCUCUCAACAUCAUUGAGAAUCCGCUCAAGCGCAAAUCAGAAGAAGACAACAUUCGCGAUGCAAAGGCCUUUGCCGAGACACACGGCAUGUCUGAGCACGCCGAGCUCUUUGGACGAGCCGCUCUGGUGGCCCGGGAUCCGCAGAGAUUCGAGAUGAUCUCGGAACUUGACGAGGAAGAGCGCAGUGCCCUGGUGUACGAGAGAGACCACAAGUGGCAUGGCCCGUUCAUGCUGUGGUACUCGAUUGGCCUCUGUGCUGUCGGCGCCGCGACCCAGGGAUGGGACCAGACCGGUGCCAACGGGGCGAACUUGUCCUUUCCCCAGGAAUUUGGCAUUGCUGGCCAGGGAAGAGAUGAAUGGAUCGUCGGGCUGGUCAACUCCAUCAUCUUCCUCACGGCCGGUCUCAUCGGUGCCUUCAUCGUAGAUCCGCUGAACCACUAUCUGGGCCGGAGAGGCGAGAUCUUCGUCACGGCCGCCUGUCUCACUGCCACCCCCAUCGGAUCUGCCUUUGCCAAGUCGUGGCAGGGACUCUUUGCCGCGAGGUUCGUCAUGGGCAUCGGCAUCGGCGCCAAGAACGCCACGGUGCCCAUCUACUCGGCCGAGAUGGCCCCAGCCAGGACUCGCGGCGCCCUCGUCAUGUUCUGGCAGCUCUGGGUCGUGGCCGGUAAGUCCUGCUUUGCGCCCGUUCUCGUCGUCACGACGCCAGCUAACAGUCCUUUGCCCGCAGGCAUCUUCUUGGGCUUCGCGGCCAACGUCAUUGUCAAGGACACGGGCGACAUUGCGUGGCGUCUGCAGUUCGGCUCGGCCUUCAUCCCGUCCUUUGUCCUCAUGAUUGGCAUCUUCUUCUGCCCCGAGUCUCCGCGAUGGCUCAUGAAGCACAACAAGUACGACAAGGGGUUCCGGUCCAUGCUGCGUCUUCGAGCCCAUCCCAUCAUUGCCGCGAGGGACUUUUACUACUCCCACGUCAUCUACGAGGAGGAGAAGAAGGAAGCCCGCGGCGCUGGCUACUUCUCCCGCUUGUGGGACUGCUUUGCCGUUGCUAGGAUCCGAAGGGCAAACUAUGGUGCAUCUACCGUCAUGAUAGCGCAGCAAAUGUGUGGAAUCAACAUCAUAUCCUUCUACAGCUCAUCCAUCUUUGAGAGCGUCGGCUACUCGGCCACCGAGGCCUUGUACGCGUCUCUCGGAUACGGAGCCGUCCAAGUCGUGUCCACCAUUCCUACUCUCUUCCUUAUUGAUACCAAGGGGCGGAGAACCCUGACCAUGAUCACCUUUCCUCUCAUGUGUAUAUUCCUCCUGGCUGCCGGCCUUUCGCUGCUCCCCAAUGGUGCUCAUCAUAUUGCGCCCCACGAUCCGAACCAGAACCCUGCCGACGACAUGAGAUCCCGCGGAGCGAGAAUCGGACCUGUCGUGUUGUUCGUCUACCUGUUUACUAUUUGCUACUCCCUGGGCGAGGGACCGGUUGCCUUCCAGUACUCGGCCGAGGUCUUUCCCACGAUUCAGCGUGAGCAAGGAAUGGCUUGGGCUGUCUGCAUCAACAACACCUUUGUUGGUUUCUACGCCGGCCUCAAUCUUGUUGCCUGGGUCAUGAUAUUCUGCUUCGUGCGGGAAACCAAACAACUGACUCUGGAAGAGUUGGACCAGGUCUUUUCGGUCCCGACCAAGAAGUUCAUACACUACGAGGCCACCGUGUGGCUUCCGUGGUUUAUCAAGCGAUACGUCCUCUUCCAGAAGAUCCCUCGCCCUCCUCCCCUCAUCGAGAAGGCGGAAAGGGACGAUGCUGUCAAGGACGCGUAA